AGUUUUCCGUUUAGCUUUUCAGUUUAGUUUUUCCCCUUAAAAGCAGUUGAUUUAUAUUUUUGUGUUUCGUUUCUUAUUCUAGUCGUAUUGCUGCUUGACGACAUGACGCUGCUGAACUACAACUCGUAUGAGGAUUACUUGGAUCACUUUAUCAAUAUCCACGAUGUGCGCUAUCUGCGCAACUGGAGCCUCAGCAGGCAGUUCAUACAGAAUGCGUGUGGCAAGAGCUGCAUGGGUCGCCUGCUGAGCCGUUCCGAAUACGCGGACCAGCGCAAGAAACUUGAGAUUAUGCUGAAUCCACGUGGCAUCAGCGAAUCCACGCUCUUCGGCGAGGACUAUGACGGCAAUGAUAGAGUGCUCCAUGAGUUUGCCAACCGGGAAUAUCAGCUGCUCAAUAAACAAAUAUCGACCAUCAUCUUUCUGGUAAUGCGCUCGAAAAAGGGACUUGAGGUCUCCGGUUUUAUUGAUCUGGAGGAAAGUUUGAGGGAAUCGCACUACAAGCACUCCGAGCACUAUGUCAACUGGCCAGCCAUAUUUGAGGGCAAGGACAAGCUAAUACCCCGGCCGCAUCACCUGAGCUUCUUCGACUGGUACAAGAACAAGGUCAAAUGCAACAACAGCGCCAACUUCAAGGUCGUUUCCGGCAGGGCGCACAGCCUGCUGAUGAUGCAUCGGGGCGAUCACAAGAUAAUCUGCGUGAAUGCUGGCUGCACUUGCAAUUGGAUUAAGAACGCCAAACGGAGUGUCUACAGUUCCAGCAUCUAUGGACAAUGUUUGUUCUUUGAUCACAUCAUCAGGCGCAUCAAUUAGUCGAGGGGGGCUGAGACCUCGUCUCAUGGCACGCCUUUCUCGUGUGGCACUAACAAAUUGGCAUGCAAUAAGAAAACUAUGACUGACACGCUGAUUAUAUGCCAAAAAUGCCACAUACACCAUGCAUAAAUACCUUA